GUGCAGAACAUGUCGCAGUCAAUCGAGGUGCUGAACCUUCGGACGCAGAGGGACUUUCAGUAUAUCAUGAGAAUGGAGAGCCAGAUCAAAGGCCUGCGGUCAAAGUUCCGACAGAUCGAAUCGGACAGGAAGACACUCGUCAACAAAAACUUUCAGGAGCUAAAGGGAAAGAUGGAGUCCCUGCAGCCGCUCAUCCCUGUCCUGGAGCAGUACAAGACAGACGCCAAGCUCAUCUCCCAGUUCAAAGAGGAGAUCAGAAACCUGUCUGGUGUGUUGAUGGGCAUCCAGGAGGAGAUGGGAGCCUACGACUAUGAGGAGCUGCAACAGAGGGUCUUAAACCUGGAAAAUCGGCUCCGCAACUGUAUGAGUAAACUCACAUGUGGCAAGCUGAUGAAGAUCACUGGGCCGCUGACAGUGAAAACAUCAGGGACCAGAUUUGGAGCCUGGAUGACCGACCCACAGGCGUCUCCCAAAAACAACCGGGUCUGGUACAUGGACAGCUACACCAACAACAAGAUUGUAAAAGAGUAUAAAUCCAUCGCUGAUUUUGUGGCAGGAGUCGAGUCGAGAACGUACAACCUUCCUUUCAAAUGGGCUGGAACUAACCACGUGGUGUACAACGGCUCUCUGUACUACAACAAGAUGCAGAGCAACAUCAUAGUGAGGUAUAGCUUCGAAACGGGCCGCGUGGUCACACAGAGAGCUCUGGAGUCGGCAGGCUUCCACAAUGUGUACCCCUACACCUGGGGAGGCUUUUCAGACAUCGACCUGAUGGCGGACGAGCUGGGCCUGUGGGCCGUGUACGCAACCAACCAGAACGCGGGAAACAUCGUCAUCAGCCAGCUGAACCCUGACACGCUCCAAAUCCUCAACACGUGGAACACAGAAUACUCAAAGAGGAACGCCGGCGAGUCUUUUAUGAUCUGUGGGACACUCUACAUCACUAACUCCCACCUUACUGGCGCCAAGGUUUACUACGCUUACUCCACUAAAACCUCCACCUACGAGUAUACAGACAUUCCCUUUCAUAACCAGUACUUCCACAUGUCUAUGCUGGACUACAACGCCAGGGACCGCACCCUCUACGGCUGGAACAACGGCCACCAGGUCCUCUUCAACGUUACACUUUUCCACAUCAUUAAAACUGAGGACACCUCUUAGGCGGAGGAACAAAAGGGAAAUUAUGAAAAAAUGGAUUAAAUGGAUGGUUUCACCUGAAUGUUCUUUUGAAUUCUAUUUAUUUAUUUAUUUAUUUCAUUUCCCUGAUUAGUUUUGUGCAUUUUAUAUAAAUUUAUUUAAUGGCAUCUCGUUAUUUUGCCUGCUGAUUCAUCAAGAUAUUCUCCAUGUGGGAAUGUGACACUCUCCAUAAAAAUAAAUGACAGCACAAAUUAAAACAAGUUCAUUGCAUUAUGGAAUACACUGCAGACGCACAUUUUGGACUAAAUAAUGGCACUUUUACUUUGCAACUUUCCGAAAU